UCCUUGUCUUAAAAGGCCUCUGUACAGAUCUCAGCAUGUUCCUUAGACAAUGGAAGUCAAACUAACAGAAGCAGUGAUUUUCUCUCUCCUUCUUACUCUCCAGGUAUUUUCUGCAGAGAGGAACGAUGAGACUCUCACUUCCUGGCCCGAUCAAGGGGCAAUUCCCACGGGAGACUACCUGGAGAAGGGGAGAGGAGAGGUGCACAGAUAUGACAGACAAGAGCAGCAUUCUGGGCAAUCUGAACACGAUGUUAUUCACACACCGCUGAGCACAAACGAUGCAACUGAGAUAGACAUCAUCAACCGUGACGAGUUUCCAUGUAACGUCAUAUCAGUCAUGGACGACCUCCCAACCCCUCAGGUUCAGACUCAACCGACCCCGACCGCAGUUACCACCAGCAGCCCACACCUGGACAAUAACAAAAACAAGAGAAAGGCAAAGGGAGCUCCUCAACAUCAGGGUCUAGUUGUCCCAUACCUACCCAUCAGGCCUGGUGCCCCCAACAUAAAAGGCUUCCCUCCUGCACCACCAAUGUUCUUUGUCCCUCAGAGAGCUGAAGCACGCCAUCCCCACCCCAUGAGCUGGUUUCCCAGAGGUUAUGGAAGUAUGCCCAACUACCUCAUGCCCCCCUCUGUAUUCUCAGCCUAUGUCCGGGCUUUGCAUGGAGGUUCAUCUGAAGAGAAUUCUCUGAGUGACUGAAGUAUCGGGUUCCUAAGACCAUUUAUAAAUAGAAUGGGGGGUGUCCGUUCUAUAGAUUCUAUUUCUAUGGCUAAGAGUUUCUGGUGCUAAGUCUCCAUUACUGUCCCAGACAAGAGAUCGGCAGAGGCUGAUAUGAUCAGUGUCAUUGUGCGCUGAAUCUGCUAUGUGGAAGUGUUGAUAAGCAUCAUGUUUUUAUUGUUUAAUCACUCACAGCAUCAUGCGUAUAUGCUUACAUGACAAAAAUAAACCAUUUCCUUUUCAUAAAGUC